AGAACCUGUCAAGCAGAUCAUUUCGGUCGAGAGGAGGAUCUUCGUACUUGAAAAGACCGGAAUCCGUUCAAGUUCAGCCGUCGUGAAGGAAGCGAGUGAUGUAACAGUCGUUUAGAGCAAGUGAUGGCGAUCGAAGUGGUUCAAAUGAGUGUUCCCCGGGCGGAAUCGGCGGUUUUGUUGGAGUGGAAAUAUCUGUCCGUUCAGAUAAGUUCCGGUGAAAGGAAGACGUGGAAAUUUUGGACCAAAAAUGACUCCGAACCUAGUUAUAUUCUUCAAAAUGCAUCCGGAGCGAUACGAUCGGGAAACCUGGUAGCGGUAAUGGGUGCAAGUGGAUCCGGUAAAACGACCUUCCUAGCCGCUCUUUCGAUGCGUAUGGCGGCUGAAGUUCAAGGCGAGGUGCUUAUCAACGGGCUGCCGGUGAGUCAGGCACAGAUGAAGCGCCUCUCGGGAUUCGUUCCUCAGUUCGACAUCGCUCUGGACGCUCUGACAGUUCGAGAGCAUCUCACAUUUGUGAGUAAACUGAAAGGGAUUCCGAUGAGUCGAACCAAUGACGUCAUCGGAGAGCUUGGGAUGGACAAGUUCAUAAAUACCCGCAUUUCCAACUUGUCCGGAGGUGAGAGGAAGAAGGUAAAUUUGGCUGGGGAGCUGCUGACGGAACCGGACAUUCUGUUCUGCGAUGAACCAACUACGGGACUGGAUAGUUUCAGUGCCCUUUCAGUGCUUCGAACGCUCCAAAAUUUGGCCACCAACGGCCGAAAGGCUGUGAUCUGCACCAUUCAUCAUCCUGCAUCGGACAUUUUCCAAUGUUUUACAGAUAUCGUUCUGGUCAGGAGUGGCCGGAUGUACUUCCAAGGUCCCACGAACGAAGCUGAACAAUUUUUCUCUAAGAUAAAUUUCCCGCUGCCAGAGAACUGCAAUCCAGCGGAUCACUAUUUUAAGCUGGUCUGCGAGCAUACUAGUCCGGAGGAGGAAGAGAGUGCCCCACGAUCGUCGAGCUCGAUCACCCGUCACCGGAAACGGGAUGAAAUGGUGAGCAAAUGUCACGUGGAAAAUAUUAGGCAAAAGUAUGCGGCGGGAUCUUAUCUGAAGAGUGAUGUCAUCGAGAAACUGAGAAGGAGCACCAAUCACGCGUGCUGGCUCAGCCAACUGACUAUCCUACUGCACCGAGGAAUACUUGACAGUAUUCGGAAUUUCCGAGAAUACAUUAUAGUAACGUUACUAUUUUUAAUAACCAGCGUGACACUGUCCUCUGUCUAUUAUCCGAUUAAACCGACCAGCCAAACGGCGAUCCAGGACAUUCGUGGAGCUCUGUUCGUUAUGGUCUGCGAGCUGGUGUACACGAUCAGCUAUGCCGUUUUCUAUGUAUUUCCACAGGAAAUUCCAUUGCUUCGGCGAGAGGUCGGAGAGCGGAUGUAUCGUCUGUCCGCUUAUUACACCCACAAGGCACUUCUCACGGUACCGAAAGCGUUUUUCGAAUCUUUCCUGUUUAUCGGAAUCAUCUAUGGAAGCGUCCAGUUUACUAGUGGGUUUUGGACCUACGUAGGAAUGUCAAUGGUCGGUGCCGUUGCUAGCAUCCUAGCGGUGGCACAUGGAUUUCUCCUGACCUGCAUGACGGGAUCCAUGGAAAUGUCUAUCGAGUAUGGUAACAUAAUCUUCCAGCUGUUUGCGUUGUGGGCUGGCCAGUACUUGAACAUUCGGGCCUUCCCACUGCUCAAGUAUCUUUCGUUUUUCUUCUUCGCGACCGAAGGAAUUUCCAUCUAUUACUGGGAAGACAUUGGUCAGAUCAAUUGCCGGCUGAGGACUGGAGAACAUGAUACUCGUAGCACCAAUAAUGCUACCAGGAGCUGUCUCAGGGAUGGUCAGGCGGUUUUGCGAGACUAUGGGUAUGGAACAUCGCUGGAUGUUGUGCAGUUUAACUACUGGAUCAUGGCAGCGGAAAUUCUAAUCAUCCAUGUGAUGUGUUAUUUCUUCCUGAGGAGACUAAUUAGAAAAGUAGGGUUUUAUUAACCAAGAAAUAGAGUUUCAAGAUAAUAAACGAGUUUUAUUGUUUGCGUUAAGAAUUCAAAGUAUUUGUCAUAUUUACCUAGAGCGAUUAUUCCGCCAUAUUUGAUAAACUUAAACCAUGGUCCAUAGUCGAAGGUAACCGAGAAGCCCGCCGCAUAAAACAACGUUUAACCUCAAAAUUAGCAGCACUCACUGAGUCUAGCUGAUGUUGCCAAACCGAAGUUGCUGCAUUGAUCUAACUUGGAGGGGAGAAACACCGAAAAUAUUGCCGUUUUCUAGCGAUAUGUCCCAAUAAUUGUUGACCGUGGUGGAGCGCAAGAGCAAGAAAGAUGUACACGGUAAUGAUCAUCAUCCGAGGCCCGAUUACGCCUAGCGCCUAGUCGAACUAACGCUGCCGGGGCGAUUCAGCACAAAAAAGAUUUUAAACAACCAGUACGCGGUUAAGAGGCGUCAAUUUGAUCCAUGAUUACGCGUACGCGAAUGCCAAAACAUACACUAUUUUUUGUUGUUGCUAAAAUCGCCCGUGCCCCGCCAUUGUUGUCCGUUCAUAGGCGGUGGGCCAGAUUUUAAACGCUCUCGUGGACCAGGAAGGUGGCGCGACGAGGUGUGAACAUCAGCUAGGCGGCCGCAUAAAAAACAUACCGAGCGCAAACCCCGAAAAAUAUGAUCAUUUCAAUGAAAACCUAUCGAUGAGUGAUCGAUGGAAGAAGACUCAAGGGGGAGAAGCGAGGAAUCGGUUGAACCUGUGCCUCACCUUACAAUUUCUAUCUUCUACACUUGGUUUGAAGCUCUUUCUACAAGGUAAUUACUUUCUCAUUUGAUAUUACUCUUUCACUUAUCAUUAGAUAUUGCUCGACUGCUGCUGGCUGAGCUGCUGAGGAUAGUGUGUUAUUUCUGCUUAAAAAAGGCACAUUAGAUGGACCCAUAGAGUGCGCCAAAGUCAGUUGCAGCUUCUCAAUUUAAGUAGGGUAUUAAGCACACAGCAAGAAAAGCGCUGAAACUCACCGGGCACGCGAGCAAAAAGCCUUGUAGGCUUACAUCCGGUAGGUUGCUAUCACAUUUAUUGUAAGCAAUAUUGAGCACAAUUUGAUUCGAUCAUCGAUAGGCGGUGGACGAUUUUACCAAAACUGUGGCUUGUUGACAUUCCUCGUUAGAAGUGGUGCAUUGAUUCUUGUGGCACCCCAACUGAAAAGCUUGGAAAACACGUGUAAGAACCAUUUAGUCCAUUGUCCGAUAGAAAAGCGCUAAUCCGAUAAUCGCUAAUUAGUCUGCUAUUUUUUGUAAGCGGUUUAAUUUUACCACUAAAUUUUGAUUGAAGUAUGCUUUAAGUAAUUUAUU